UUUUCUUGUAGCUGUCCCAUUUCCUCUUCCCUUGCCUUGUUUCUUCCGCACACUGUUUCGUGAGGGGCCAAGUUUGGUUUGGCGGUGACCAUGGAGACGACGAGGGGGUUCUUGGGAUUGCCGUCGUGGUGUAUCGUCCUCUUGUGCCUGGCCGCCGGUUGGAUGGUGGCGGCGGAGGCGGCUCCGUUGCCGCAGUACUACAACGCCAUAUUCAGCUUCGGCGACUCCUUCUCCGACACGGGCAACUUCGUCAUCAUCAACUCCGGCAAGCUGCCCAACAUGCCCAAGUUCCCGCCGCCCUACGCCCGCUGCUCCAACGGCCGUCUCGUCAUUGACUUCCUGGCCGAGGCGUUGGGAGUGCCGCUGCUGCCGCCGUCGGCGAACAAGGGCACCAACUUCAGCCAGGGCGCCAACUUCGCUGUCAUGGGCGCCACCGCGCUGGACCUCAAGUACUUCAGGGACAACAACGUGUGGAGCAUCCCGCCCUUCAACACUUCCAUGAACUGCCAGCUCGAGUGGUUCCAGGAGGUUAAGGAGACCAUCUGCUCCUCCCCACAAGAGUGCAAGGAAUUUUUCGGGAAGGCGCUUUUCGUGUUCGGCGAGUUGGGCGGCAACGACUACAGCUUCGCGUGGAAGGCGGAGUGGAGCUUGGAAAAGGUGAAGACCCAGAUGGUGCCCAAGGUGGUGGAGUCCAUCAUCGGCGGCAUCGAGGCUCUGCUCGACGAGGGCGCGCGGCACGUGCUUGUGCCGGGCAACCUCCCCGCUGGGUGCAUCCCCAUCACGCUCACCAUGUACCCGUCCGAGGACCGUAGCGACUACGACCCCCGCACCGGCUGCCUCAAGAAGUUCAACGGCGUCGCCCUCUACCACAACGCCGUGCUCCGCGUCGCCCUCGACCAGCUCCAGCGCCGCCGCCCGGAUUCCCGCAUCAUCUACGCCGACUACUACACCCCCUACAUCCAGUUCGCACGCACACCUCACCUCUACGGGUACAAGAGGGGAGCCCUAAGGGCGUGCUGCGGCGGCGGGGGCCCGUACAACUACAACAUGAGCUCGUCGUGCGGGCUGCCCGGUGCCACGGUGUGCGACGACCCAGACGCGCAUGUCAGCUGGGACGGCAUCCACCUCACCGAGGCGCCCUACCGCUUCAUCGCCAACACCUGGCUCAAGGGCCCCUAUGCGCACCCGCCCCUCGCCAGUGUCGUCCGCGACGAUAUGGUCUAUUAACGGGAAAGCCAAUUCGGCUCCGAGGAGCACAUGUUCCCGCGCGUGUUUUUUUUUCUAUGUCAGAAAAAGUAAAAAAAAAGAGAUGUGUUUAUGGUCACAUUAAAUUCUACCUGUAAUUUUUUUAGGUGGAAAGCUUUAGCAAUUUAACCUCUGCAGAAAAGAAGAGGUGAACACGAAGUGUUACCUUCAAAUGGUACAUUUAAUUUUAUUAUUUUUUCACUGACAAGGCAAUGCUAUACCAUUUCGCGUGCAAAUUUGUCAAGCAUUCUUGUUGCACUAAGAUGAACAUCUAGAAAAAACAAGUAAAUCCCUUUUUCCCCCUUACUUUCAGAUAUGACAGAUUUUAGCCAGGCUGUCUAUUUUUCUUUUCUUUUGGGUUGCUUGUUUUGGGAUUUCCCCACUAUCUUGUAUCUGUUCUUAUAUAAAGUGGGGCGAAAACUUGUUUUGAGAUGUUGCUCUUGUCUGAAAAACCAGCUAACAUUCUAUCGACACCAUGUACAUAAUUCAUUAAUUGUGUUAAACUUUGCGUACUCCUACCAUCCAGCCGCAUGUGUUGAAGCUAGGCUGAAAGGUUGCCCGAAGAUUUACUUUUUUUUUUCUUUGAAAAACCAAGGUGUAUAGGAGAGUCCAAUCAGAUAAGAUGAAAGUUGGUUAGGAAACAUAAAAUUACAAAGAAAAUAGGGAGCUACUCAUUUUUUCCUAUAAUCAAGUCAUAGUCACCUAUUGAAAAUUUCUCCCAAAAGAAUAGUCACCUGUUGUAAAUUUGAUCCUCUCCUUCGUUUCGGACGACCCAGCUCCAAAAAAAUCUUUUAUAAAGGUACAGUUUUCAAAAAAGUCUGGAGUCAAACUAACCCAUGAUCACCUAGUAUUUUCACAGUAAUUAGUUCCCGUAUAAUUAGAAAGUAAAACAGGAUCGAAGGGUGUGGAGAUUCCUGCACGCAGCUCACCGAGUCGCUGCCGAUAUGAAUGCUGGUAAAGGAGACCUCCUCGUCAGCGCGUUCAUCGCCUGUUUUAGCGCGCUGGCGCUCGCAUGCGGUAUGUAGCGGGCCGGUGCACAAACUCCCCUCGCGUUGCAAGGAAUGCUUAGACAGGCUGGUACACUUCUAAAAUAAAACGGUCGCAUGUUGGUUCUCUUGCUGCUCUUCCGGUGAAGUCAACCGAAUUGAUAGCGAAACCGAUUUUCUUGAAGUCUGAACAAAUUGGUGAAAUCAAAUAAGUUCGCCCAUUUGGAAAAAAUAUUCAUGGACCUAAAAAGGGUUCACUAAUUUUAAAAGGUUCAUGAAUUUGUUAAAAUUGGAAAUUUGUUAAAAUGUUUGUGACUUCAUAAAAAGUUUUCAAAAUUUUAAAAACUUCACAAAUUUAUAAAUAUUAUCAUGAAUUUAGAACAAGGUCGUGCAU